UUAAGAAAGGAUCUUAGGGUUUUCGAUGGCGAUUAUCACGGCAUUGAGCAUCAAAAAAAAAAAAAACAAGGGAGAAAGCUUUGGAGUUUUCUAAUCGGCUUUUGAUUGAAGGAGAAGAAUUAAGUUAUCUGUGAAUUUUGGUUUAGUUCUAUUCGGACUUCGCUGUUGUUCCAAAGUGCUGAACCAAUUGAGCGAAAAAGGAAGGAUGGAUAGCAUCAGCAUCAGCAUCAGCAUCAGCAUCACUCUACCUGAUGAUAUAAUUAUCCACAUUGUAUCUCUUCUUUCGGCAAAGGAGGCUGCUUUCGUAUCUCUUCUUUCAAAGAGGUGGCAGAACAUGUUUACAAUCAUUCCAAAUGUUGAGUUUGAUGAUGACUCUAUCCAGGUUCAAGGGAUGAUGGAUUUCUUAAACGCAGUGUUGGUUCUUCCUCCCAGUUCCCGCGUAAAGAGCUUGUCUCUAAAAUGUCGAAAGGAUCGGACACGCUAUGAUCAUAUCAACCGUUGUCUCUGUAAUGUGCUUAAACGUGGAGUCAUGGAUCUUAAACUGGACUUAAGAUGUGGACAUGGGUAUCGUCUGCCUUUUUAUGUCUUCUCUUGCAAGACGCUAGUUGAGCUGCAUCUAGGGACUGGUCUUGUUGUUGAUCUUCUCACUAAGAAUGCUCUUCUCCCUGCGCUUAAGACUCUCAUUAUUGAUUCGGUUCGAUUCUAUGACCAUUGUGGUUGUGCGUUCCAAAUGCUUCUUUCUGCUUGCCCUGUCCUUGUGGAGUUAGUGAUGCGUGAUGUGGAGUUGGAGCAUUGGCAAUGGUCACGCACUGUGUCCAGUCCGACCCUCCAGAGACUUGCUAUUAACCAUAGAUAUUUCUUUGAUGUCAUUCAUUAUGAUUUGGAGAGCAUUACUUUUGAUACUCCGAGUCUUACCUCCCUGAGUUACUUUGAUUUUGCUCCGCGAUCCUAUCCAAUUGUUAACCUUUGCUCCCUUGUUGAAGCUUCUGUCGGUCUUUCUUUGCCAGAUGAUCACGUCUGGAUCCGACAAUAUGCAGGUGAUCAUGAUACUAUUACUCUUGAUAUCACCAAUCUGAUUAAGGGGCUUAGAAAUGUCGAGAUCUUGAAGUUAUCCACUCCUAUGACGUUGGAGGCGUUUUAUUGCUUCCUUGAAGUAAUUCCAGUAUUUGAAAACCUGCAUCGUUUAUGUGUUACAUCUGAGCACGACUUCCGUUGGCCAACUCUGCCAUAUUUGCUAAAGAAGUCUCCAGUUCUAAAGACUCUCUUCAUCAAGGGUCCCUUGCACUAUAAUUAUUAUUCGGACGAUGAUGAUGAAGAACCUGUUUUUGAGUACUUGCCGGAAUAUGAUUUCCUAUUGUCAUGUCCUGUGAAGGUCCUGGAGAUAACCGAGUACAGCGGAACUAGAGGAGAAUUGGAGCAAAUCAAACUUUUCCUGGAGAACUUGUUAUGUCUUGAGCUUGUCAAAGUUUGUGUUUGUGAAACAGACUACGAGGAACAGAUUCAACUAAAAACUAAUCUGCUAAACCUUCCUAGAUCGUCCAAGUGCAAUAUCCAGUUUUUUAUGCCUCAUGGGAAGUCCGUCUGAGGAUGACUCUGUUUUGUAGUCACUGUUACAUAGACUGUCUAUAUAAUGAUGAUUUUUCAGCAGUUAGUUAUUUACUUAUUUUUGAUUUUUAUCAGUUAUUUGCUUUGAUUGACUGACUGCUUAUGGAUUUUGUUUUGGUUUGAUCUUUUCAAUAGCAAUUCGGUUUACCUGA